UAUAACUAAUUUCACGAUAAACUUUGCCAGGAAAAUUGGUAAAUUCGUAUUUGCUUAUCUGAACGGACUGAACGUGCAAAUAGCACUUCCCCUCUUUCGAAAAAUGUCCAAACCCCCUCAAGCGGCACUCCCACUCCCCGGAAAACAACACGAUUACUGCAUGGUGUCUGCAGUGGACGAGUCUCGUCUCGCCGGGAAAGUUCAUUCACCAAGUUUUAAUUUUUUUCGAAUUCUUUGACACUUUUUCCAAAUUGGGGUCUCCUUUCUGUCACCAUGGACUGGUUGACCUCGACGUUGCCGAGGUCGUUCGACGUUUUCCCCGAGAUCCCGCGCUGGUCGAUGGGACUUUUGUUGGGCACUGGAUUUGUCACCUAUUACCUUUAUGAGGCUGUCAAGCACCCGAUACUGGCUUGCAACCGAAACAGCAAAUUCCGCGAGUUCCUUGAAAACCACGUUCCCAUAAUGCGCGAGAAGUUCUGGCCGACCGUGUGGUGCUUUGAGUCGAGACUGCAGACGGUGUUUGCCAGCGUCCUCCGCCAACACACGCUCAGUGACAUCGUUUACAGACGGCAAAUAUUACCUUUGAAGGAUGGCGGAGAACUUGCUUUGGACUGGCUGGACCCAGAUGAUUGCUCUCUGAAAGUUCCUUUGGUUCUGGUUCUGCCAGGUCUGACCGGAAACAGCCAGGCCGAGUACAUCAAGAGUCUGAUGCUGGCCGCACGGGCACAGGGGUUCAGGUGUGUUGUUCUGAACAACAGAGGCCUUGGUGGUGUUGAUCUCAAGACGCCCAGAACCUAUUGCGCCUCAAACUGCGAGGAUCUGGCCGAAGUCAUUGACCACCUGAGAGAAGCAGACUGCGCCCAAAACACACCUUUCAUUGUCGUCGGAAUUUCAAUGGGAGGACUCAUGCUGGGAAACUAUUUGGCUGCCUACGGAGAAGAGGCAAGGAAGAAAAUUGACGCAGGGAUGAUCAUUUCGGUGCCGUGGGAUGUCUUCAAGGCUACGGAGAGUAUCGAGCAAUUUGGCCUGAACCGACUUCUCAACUAUCACCUGGCAACUAGUCUAGUCAAAACUUUGGAAAGGGUCAAGCAUCACAUGCCGUGGGAUGUUGAAGAAGCUUUGAAGAGUACAACCGUGCGCCAGUUUGAUUCUCGAUUCACAUGCAAGCAAUUUGGAUAUACCGACGUUGAAGAAUAUUAUUCGGCCGCCACUCUCCACACCAAACUAGAUCGCAUUCGAGUGCCCACCCUGUGUCUCAGUGCUGCCGACGACCCAUUCCAACCAAUGGACGCCAUUCCCGUUGAUGCUGCCGACAAAUCCGAACACGUUGCGAUCUUGAUAACUGCACGGGGAGGCCACAUUGGAUUCAUAGACGCUCUGAAGCCGGGUGAAGAUUACAUGUGCAGGGUUUUUGUCCAAUACGUCGAGGCUGUGACGAAGAAAGGGAGGCCUGAGGUUUAAAGGGUGGCUAAAAAAAUAGUGAGAUUAUAUAGAUUUAAAAAUUAAAAUGAUGGCCAAGAUUUUGGGUUCUUGAAAUAACAGGGGCUGAAACCAACAAAAGCUUUAUUGAGGAGGACGUUGAACUGCAUUCCAAACCAUAAAUUUAGAAUUAAAAAAGGGGAGUCAUUAUUGGUUUGGAACAUGCAGGGGCUAUUUAACUGGAAGUUGAUAAUAGGAUUGUGAAUUCUAGGUUAGUGAAAAAAGGUUGAUUUAUUUAAUAAUUUUUGAAAAUCAGAUAUUUUAAGUUUGUUGAUCAUCUGUCCGAAAAGUUUUAAUGUCAGAGAAUUUCUGAUUUCACUCAGAAUCUUACAUUUAGUAAUUUAAUGGAAGUUCAAGUACAGAAAAGAGCUAAUAACUCCAUUCCCCUCGACUACUCAUAAUCUUUACAAAAUAGCUUAUUAUGCCUGUAGGCUAAUUAUUUUAAAUUUCACAUUUAAUAUUUUUUUUUAUAUAUUCAAAUAUAGGAAACCAGCGUAUAUUGUGAAAAAAACAUUUAAGUUAUUAUUUAGGUGGUUUUUGCAGGCAAUAUAGUUCAGUGUUUUGAAAAUUAGCAUUCCUCUUAAGUUUCUAAUUUUUAUUUUGUUGACGUUUUAUUGUUAUAGUGCAAAACAAUAUAUAGUUAUAUAGAAAUAGAUGAGCGCAUUUCACACACUCGGUGCAACUUUUAAAAGUGCGAAAAUAUAUCAAUCAGAAGGUACAAUAACUGUAGGUCGAUGACAAUGUUACUAAAAUAUAGAAGUUGCUUUAACAUAUAAGUGCAUUUAACGCAGAUCAGUAAACUAAUAAACUAUCAAGUCGUCGUACGUAAUUGCAGGUUGACGAGAGAGAAUGCUCAAUUUGUGCUAUCAUCUUUUUCACAUGGGUGCAAAUCUGUGAUGGUUAAAACACUCGUCAUUAUUGUAAUAAAUACAGAACCAUCACUAAAAUUUUGCACAUAUGGGUGAGACGGGAACAACAAAUUUGCACAGAUUAAGAUCAAAUUGCACAAUGCACAACUUUCUCAAUGUUUCCAAAGAUUAAAGUCGCAUUUUGUCUCACUACUGUGUUUUAAACUACUCGUCAACCUUUUGUCUAUAUUUCUCCUUUCCUUGUCAGUGAGAGAAUUUACUAUAGAGUCUGUAGAAUUACUUUUUCAGAAUGGGACUCGAUUCUGGCCUUUCCUUGCAACACAUUAUGACAAGUAGAUUCACAUUAAUUAAAUAUAACUCAAUAAGUGAGUUUUAUGACACUUGCCAUUUUGAGACAAACAUUGACAAAAAAUAUAGAUUAAUAUUAAAUUUCAAUAUUCCUAUACUAUUCAGCUUUUAGUCAAAAUAUUACCAACAACUAUUAUUUACAUGAAAUUAAAAUCUAUUGUCCAUAAUACCUUGUGAUCCGAUAAUCAAGUAUGUCGUAUGUUUUUGUUUGAUUUUAUUUUAUUAUUAAUUUUAUCUUAUUGCAAAAUUGUUAUGGAUGUAAAUGCCACGCCAAAAAUCAGAAUUCAAAUUUAUUUAAAAGAAAUUUUUGAAAACUUGCAAAUUGUGAUCAACAUAAUUAUGCAUUUUAUUGUUAUUGUUGUUACAGAAAUUAUUAUGUCCAACUUUACUAACUUAUUACACUGUGAAGAUGAACUUAAAUUUCUCUUGCAGAAGAGCCUGUUUUAUGUGAUAUAAUCAUAUAUACCUAUUUAACAAGGAUAUUUAAAAUUUGCGUACUAUUAAUAUAAUUAUGCUAGAUGCGAGUCAUUGAGUAAGCUGAGAUAUUCAAAUAAUGUAUAAUUCACUUGAAGUACUACAGUGGGUAAGCAAAAUUACUUCACACAUCGCGAUGAUGAAAUUGGAUGAAAUAAAAAAUAAUAUUAGCAGUUGCCUUGUCUUUGUCCGUUUUGAAUUUGUCUUGAUUGGAAUUUGUUGUAAGUUGAAAUAAAUUGCAGUAAAUUGCCAAAA